AUGGCCAUCCUUGUACCCUGCAAAUACCCCAUGGGCCCUCCCUGGCCCUUCAGGGCUCUGCUUCCUUUCGUCCGGAGUCUCUCAGCUGCUACUACCCCUGUUCCUCCAGCACAGGGCGUUCACACCCAGCCCUCUGGCUGCCUGUGGAGGAAGCGUCUCCCCGGGGAUGUGCUCAGUCAACGUUCUGAAAGGCUCAACGUGCAAGUCACAGUUCCCGAGAAAAUACAGUCAAUAGAGGGCGAAGGACACGCGGCCACACAUAUAUCCUACAGCAUUAUGAUUGAAGGGAAAACAUACACUAUGCACCUAAAGCAAAAACCUUUUUUACCCAGAAGUUUUAAAGUUUAUAGUUACGACGGUUCGGGAAUUAUGAUGCCUCUUGAUGAAGAUAUUGAGAGUUCCUGCCACUACCAAGGAUAUUUGGAGGGGUACCCCAACUCCAUGGCGACGCUUAGCACCUGCACCGGGCUCAGGGGCAUACUGCAGUUUGGAAACAUUAGCUACGGAAUUGAACCUCUGGAGUCUGCACUUGGUUUUGAGCACGUCAUUUAUCAACUACAGCACAAGAAAACGAGUAUUUCUUUAUAUGCCGAGAAGGAAUUUGAGUUACGAGAUCUGCCCUAUGAAGUGCAAAGAAUAGAGGCACAAAAAGAUCUCCCUCACUAUAUAGAAAUGCAUAUUGUUGUUGAAAAACGAUUGUACGAUCACAUGGGUUCUGACACAACCAUUGUCACUGAAAAAAUUUUCCAGUUGAUUGUAUUGACGAAUGCUAUUUUUGCUUCCAUUAAUCUCAACAUAAUUUUGUCUUCACUGGAAUUUUGGACAGAUGAAAACAAAAUUUCAACCUCAGGAAAUGCUAAUGAGUUAUUGCACAAGUUUUUAAAAUGGAAACGAUCUUUCCUUGUUUUGCGUCCUCAUGACAUGGCAUUUUUACUCAUUUACAAAGAAGCAUCCAAUUAUAUUGGUGCCACCAUUCAAGGGAAGAUGUGUGACAAAAACUUUGCAGGAGGUGUUGUUCUGCACCCCAGAAUCAUAAGUCUGGAAUCACUUGCUAUUAUUUUAGUUCAGUUACUGAGCUUCAGCAUGGGUAUUUCUUACGAUGAUUUGAGCAAGUGUCACUGCCCGGGAGCUGUCUGCAUAAUGAACCCAGAAGCAAUCCAUGCCAGUGGCACCAAGACCUUCAGCAACUGCAGCCUGGAAGAUUAUGCGCUCUUUCUGGCAAGUCCCAUGUCCCAUUGUCUCCAGAACCAGCCGCACCUACAGCCGUCGUACAAGACAGAUGCAGUGUGUGGGAACGGUAUCGUAGAGAAAGGAGAGGCCUGUGACUGCGGGUCUAAGAUGGAGUGUGAAGCCAAACCAUUUCAGUGUUGCAAUUCUCAAACCUGUACACUGGCAUCUGAUAUGGAAUGCGACACAGGACCAUGCUGUGCAAAUUGUCAUAUUAAGUAUUUUGAAGCAGGUUUUGGUAGUGACCAAUGUUUUGAAGAAAUGAAUUCAAGGACAGAUAUAUCUGGAAACUGUGGCAUCGAGGAUUCAGUAUACCAAGCGUGUGCACCUAACAAUCGGAAGUGUGGAAAAAUAGUAUGUAGAUAUAGAGGGAGUGAGGUUCUUAAACUACGAGAUGCCAUUACUGUGUACAUCAACGCCAGCGGACAAGUCUGCGUCUCCCUGGAGUUUCCAGUGAAUCAUAAUGAAUGGCAGAAAAUGUGGGUGAAUAAUGGAACGAUCUGUAAUGCACAAAAGGUUUGCAGGAAUAAGGAAUGUGUAGAAAAUUCAUAUUUGAAUUAUGACUGCACACCACAAAAUUGCAACAAUCGUGGUGUAUGCAAUAACAAGAAGAACUGUCACUGCGAGGCCAAGUACUUGCCCCCGAACUGCGCAAAUACAAAUGAGGAUUGGCCGGGCGGGAGCAUCAACAGUGGCAAUCACCCAAUGGAGAGUCCCAUCUCUGGAAGGCAGUAUUUUGAGAGUGUUUACCAUCCCAAACCUCCCAGGUGGCCAUUUUUCUUGAUCAUUCCAUUUUUCAUUAUUCUCUGCAUCUUGAUCGUGAUGCUGGUGAAACUCUACUUCCAGAGGAAAAAUUGGAAAACUGAUGACUACCUAAGUGAUGAGCAAAUUGGGAGUGAAAGUGAAACCAGAGAGUAGCCUGGAAGAGGCGCCGGCAUGUUCACAAGCAACUACGGUCAACGCACAGAAGAAAGCAGAGGCCGACCGCAGGCACCCUCAGGUUUACCAGGAGUCAGACUUACCUACGUGGUUUCCAUCUGUGCAGAGAUGCAUACUGUUUACAUAGAUAUGCCUAGCAUUUCACAAAGUACUUGUUUGUAAUAAGUGCAUGGCUAUGAGUUUUAUAUUACAUUUUUCUUGUUUUACAAUUUACCCACCCUAUUUGUAGUAGCCAGUAGGCGCUGUUUCUGUGAGCUAGUACCCAUGUUUUG